GCCAUCUGCAGAUGGAUGGGCAAAUGGUAUGUCUGCAACACAGAACAGUUGUCUGAAUCCCUUCAGCCUAUUUUUGUCCAGAGUUACCUUGACCAAGGAACGCAGAUCUUCUUAAACAACAGCAUUGAAAAAUCAGGCUGGCUUUUUAUCCAGCUCUAUCACUCUUUUGUGUCCUCAAUUUUUAGCCUUUUUAUGUCUAGAACAUCUAUCAAUGGGCUGCUGGGAAGGGGCUCAAUGUUUGUGUUUUCCCCAGAACAAUUUCAAAGACUGCUUAAAAUAAAUCCAGAAUGGAAAUCCCACAGACUUCUUGAUUUAGGAGCUGGAGAUGGAGAGGUUACUAAAGUCAUGAGUCCUCACUUUGAAGAAAUCUAUGCCACUGAGUUGUCUGAAACUAUGAUAUGGCAGCUUCAGAAGAAAAAAUACAGGGUGCUUGGCAUAAAUGAAUGGCAGAACACAGGAUUUCAAUACGAUGUUAUCAGCUGUUUGAAUUUGCUGGAUCGCUGUGAUCAGCCACUGACUGUAUUAAAAGAUAUUAGAAGUGUCCUGGAGCCAACUAGAGGCAGAGUCAUUCUAGCAUUAGUUCUGCCGUUUCACCCGUACGUGGAAAAUGUAGGUGGCAAGUGGGAAAAGCCCUCAGAAGUUUUGGAAAUCAAAGGGCAUACUUGGGAAGAACAGGUUAAUAGCCUGCCAGAAGUUUUCGGUAAAGCUGGUUUUGCCAUAGAGGCUUUCACCAGACUGCCAUACCUAUGUGAAGGUGAUAUGUAUAAUGACUACUAUGUACUAGAUGAUGCUGUCUUUGUCCUGAAGCCGGUGUAAGCGUACAUGAAGUAAAUCUCCAGAAUCAAAGCCAAGAAGCAGCCUCUGAAAGAGAGAUUUGAUCUACGGUUACGUGAAGGGAGGGAAUUUGUGGGAUUGCCAUGAUAACUAAGUACUAUGUAAGAAUUUUAAUGGCCAAAAUACUAAUGUAUUUCUUUGUAGUGUGAUUAGGAAAAAAUUGUUUUUAAUUUUUAAACGGAGACUUUGGAUGAGAAUUUCUUUUUUUUUAUCAGCUCUUAAACCAACAAUGCAUUCUGCAGUCCAGCAGUAACAGGGGAUAUUUUUUAAAUUCUUACCUGCAACAGGGAUCAGAUCCAAACAGAAGCAAUAAUUCUUGUGAGGAAUCUGGUACAACACAAAUUGUUGUUCAAGAAAUCACUUGAAAUCUGGCAAUAAAGUUAUCCAUUUAUUUCAAACCUUGCUGAUUAUAAACUGUUUAAAUGGAUAUUCUUCCAUGCUAAGUAACUUUCUCACUUACUGUCAUUCUUCACGUUUUUAUUCAUGCUAAUAAACUUUUUUGAGAUGACUUUUUGCA